AUGAAUAUAGCCAUCGUCAUAUUGGCUAGUGCCAUUGUGGUGCUUGGCCAACUGACCGGUAAAGACUCUCCAUGUAAUCUGGGUGGUAGGCGGCCAGCAUCUCCACCGCCAUUCUUGAGAAAUCUCACCAAACAAGCUCGUAACGAGUACCUUACCAUUGUUACCAAGCAAAAUGAAACCAUAGCAGCACGGAAGGCGGAAAUUCUCACAUGGGCACAAAAGUAUGGAAUUGAGACAAAAAUUCAAGAAUACGAUUCCAUAAUGAUGGACACCCAAAGGCAGUUGAAGGAGAACAUCACUAAUUUCACUGAUGACUGGGACACGGUUGUGGAACAGUACUACGCAGUCAUGGAAAACGAUGAACAAACACCUGUGGAACAAAGAGGAGCUCUGAGGAACUUGAGUGAUCAGUUCCCCGUGGCUUACGAUGUUCUACAGUUCGCCCUAAUUCGUUUCAAACCUGAUCUGUUCGGUUCCACUCAAGGAGAUUCAGUUAGUGUUGAGUGGGGACCGAGAAUUCCAAACAAUGAUGUUGGGAGAAUUCGUCCCUCUUCUCCUCCACCAUCAGGAGUAAUCAGCCCUGGAGGACCUCCGCCGAUACCAGAUGGAGGCGAUCCUUCUGCACCCCUUCCGCCAUCAGAUGUAACUAGCCCUGAUGGCACUCCACCACAAACAGAUGGAGAC